AUGGCACAACCUGUCAUCGGCCUGUUAGGUGGAGGCCAAUUGGGCCGCAUGCUUUGCGAAGCUGCAGGCCCGCUGGGCAUCCAGAUCGCAGUCCUUGACGCGGAGAACUGCCCCGCCAAGCUAGCCAACCACAACGACUUGCACGUCACAGGCUCCUUCAAGGACCCAGCCAAGAUCAAGGAGCUGGCUGCGCGUUGCGAUUUCCUCACGGUAGAAAUCGAGCAUGUCGACACAGAGAUCCUCGAAGAGAUCGCUACCAAGGGUUUCGAGGCCCAGGACGCCAAUGGCAAGACCAUCAAGAAGACCAUCCCGGUCCACCCGUCAUGGAAAACCAUUCGCCUGAUCCAGGAUAAGUACCAGCAGAAGGAGUACUUCAUACAGAAAGGAAUCCCUGUAGCAAAGCAGAUGGCCAUCCAGUCCGAUUCGGACGACGCCCGCAAAGCCUCCCUCCAGGAAGCUGCGGUCAAGUUCGGACUGCCAUUCAUGUUGAAGGGCAGUAAAGGGUCCUACGACGGGCGUGGCAACUUCAAGAUUCGAAGCCCUCAGGACUUCGAGGUCGCCGCCAAGGAAAUGGGAAACCAACCUCUCUACGCUGAGAAGUGGGUGCCUUUUGAGAUGGAGCUGGCUGUCAUGGUCAUGCGCACUGAGGACGACGACGGCAAGCUGAUCAAGGCCUCUCCUUACCCGGUUGUGGAGACAAUACACGAGGACUCGAUCUGCACCAAGGUCUUCUUCCCACCCAGAAAGGUGUCAGAUGAUGUCAAGGCACGAGCACAAAAGGUUGCCUGCGACGUUGUCUCAAACCUCUGGGGGCGAGGAGUCUUUGCCGUGGAGAUGUUCCUCCUUAAAGAUGGUCACAUCCUGGUCAACGAGGUUGCUCCACGGCCACACAACUCGGGACAUUACACUAUCGAGGCAGUUCCACAAAUGUCUCAGUACAAAGCACAGCUAUGCUCGAUUCUCAACACUGUACCAGACGAUCUUGCUCUCGUGCCGAGGGUCCCUUCUUCUCUCAUGGUAAACAUACUGGGAGGCGCGCAGCCUACUUCGCAUGAUAGAUUGGUAGACCUCACAAGAACUAUGGGAAGCUCCUCGCUAGAUGUUUAUCUCCACCAGUAUGGAAAGGAGUCGAAACCUGGAAGAAAGAUUGGUCACAUCACUGCCGUCGGAUACUCGUCGAUCCAGCGACUAGAACAGCUGUCGAGACCUCUCAUCACCGCAUGCGAUGAGAUCCGGGCUGAGCGUGUUGGUGAGGCCGUGGCUCCCCACGACGAAAGCAAGUUCAAGGGUGUACCCCUGGUCGCUGUGACGAUGGGCUCUGAUUCUGAUCUGACUGUCAUGAGCGCGGGGUUGAAGGUGCUCGACGAUUUCGGAGUUCCAUACGAAGUUCGCAUUACUUCAGCACACCGAACGCCAGAGCUCAUGUCUGCCUUUGCCGCAGAGGUGUCAAAGGGCGGUGUGAAAGUAAUUAUUGCUGGUGCUGGCGGCGCAGCUCACUUGCCAGGUAUGAUCUCGUCCGAGACACACCUCCCAGUCAUCGGAGUCCCCGUAAAGGCUUCCGUGCUGGAUGGAGUGGACAGCCUCUACAGUAUCGUUCAGAUGCCUAGAGGUGUUCCUUGUGCAACCAUCGGUAUCAACAACUCUACAAAUGCAGCCCUAGAAGCUAUCAGGAUUCUCGGCACUAGCUAUCCAGAGUAUGCUGAGCGCAUGAAGGCAUACCAGCGCGGCCUGAAGACGGAUGUAUACGCCAAAGACAGAAAGUUACAGGCUCAUGGCUGGAAGGCAUACUUACAGGAGAUGAAUGCCAAGAAAUGA